AUGUCUAUAGAUGCAAGGUCAAAGCUGGUUCAGGCUUUUAACGAUUUUGGAGGACGUGUUUCCAGCGAACAAAUCCUCAAAUUCAUUAAAGAUGACGAACUAUUAAAUCGAGAAACACGGUAUUCUAUUAAGAAACUAAUUGCUUCAAUUGCUGUGGUUGAAUAUGGCUCGGACAAAAAGAGAUAUUUGGUGUUAAAAGAUUUAGCUCGAGAUAAAGAGAAUCUAGCUUGUAGUAUGUGUCAAUCUACUCAAACAACAACUUCACAGUCUUCAGAAAACCAAAAUGUCCCCAAAUCAACAAUUCUAUCACAUCAAGAAAGUCAGUCAACAAAAUCGCCAGUGGUCCAUAAGACACCCCCCUCUUCUCCUCAGUUAGUUCCUACCACCGCUAUUACCACUCCUGCUACUUCUGUCAAUGUUGCUGCUGUUCGUCCUUCCGUCUACUCUACAUUUACUAGCAACGAAACUCGUUUAUGGUGGAUGGCAGUUAUCGAUUGUCGUGUAGCAGAUAUGAAACGUUUGUUAGGAAUAAAUCCUAAAUUAGCCAAUUGGGCUACUGCAUUACAUUAUGCAGCAAAAUUUGGUAAUAUAAACUGUCUGAAAUUAUUGAUUAAUCAGUAUCAUGCUAAUGUGAAUACACGAAGUAGGGGACGUACACCCUUACAUAUCGCUGUUGUACAUUCACAGCGUGUUGUCAUUCGUGCAUUAGUUGAUGAUUUCAAAGCUGAUCCAACUUUGAUGGAUUUCUCUGGUUACUUUCCAUAUAUGCUACUUGAAAAUAAUUUAAAAACGGAAUAUGAACCUUUUUUAACACAUGGUCGACUUCAACGAAUUCGUACUGCAUUGAAAGUUUUUAAAGCAUCAAAUGUUUCCAAUGAUUCUUCUAGUAUCACUAAAGAUAGUUCCAGUAAGAAAGGUGUUGUACAUACUGAUCAUUCAAUGGUUGACUUCAAACGACCUGUUAUGCUUCCAGUUGUGUCUAGACGAUUAGAGAAUUUCAAACGACCGACAGUACAACAACAACAGCAACAACAAAAUCAUUUAAAUCGAACAUCUACCUUGAAACCGAUUAAUCAAAAUGCUGAGCAUAGUUUACGACGUCCAUCUGUAUUUGAAGGUAUUUUAAAAUCGGCUGCUGAAGCUGCUCAACACUGGAAUAAUCAUCAUAAUAAUAAUUGUAAUAAUGAUCAUACAUCAAGUGUUAAAUUGUCAUCAGAAUCCAAUGAAGAACAAGUUAAUAAUGGUAAUGUUAACAUCAGUAAACCUCUUAACGCUUGUUCUUCUUCUUCUUCUACAACGACGACGACGACGACAGAAUCAACAACAACAACAAUAACUGACCCUCAUACACGCUUAGUACAACGUUUAGAUUCGAUGAUUUUAUUAAGACGUGAACAGAAUGCAUUAUCCAAUCUUUCAAAUAGUAAUUAUUCUAAUGAAAUAGGAUCAUCAUUUGAUUUGUCUACUUCAUCAGAUAAUAAUGAUUAUCUUUCCACUAUUAAUUAUCGAAAAGCAAACACAUUGGAUCGUCGAUUUCAUCCUCCUAUGGGGAGUCAUAAUUCCAAAAAUCCUUCUCAAUCAACUGAUCCAUAUACAUUGAAAUUAUUAUUAUCAUUAUUACCUUCAAUACCAUCUACAUCAUCUGUAUCAUCAUUAUCAUCAUUAUGUUCAAAGAAUGUAAAUGGUAUUGAUGAUAAUAAACCUAAAAAACUUACAUCAUUAUCAUCAUUUCAUAAACAUUUAAAUAAAAAAUUACAUCGUUCAUUGUCUAGUUCUUCUUCAUUUAAAACAACCACAACAACAAUCCAUGGUAAACAUCAUUCAUAUCAUAAUCAUAGUAACAAUAAUGAUGAUAGUAAUAAUAAUGAUAUAUCUCAUGUAUUUCAUUCAUUACCUCAUCGAUAUCAUUCAUCUAAUAUUGAAACAGAUAAACAAAUCAUCAAUAAUUAUCAUUAUAAAUCUCUUUCAACUACUGCUUUAUUAGCUGAAACUGAUGUACGUCAAUUAAUCAAUUCAAAAGUUACUAAUAUUAUUAAACGUAAAGCUUCUACUGUUAGUCAACAUUAA